CUAAUCCUCCCUUUGUAAAUCUAGCAAGGCAGCUGAAUACGAGUGCAUGGUAACACAACACCAAGCCACUCAUCUCACAUCAGCUCACUCACUGCCUGUCAAGUGAGCAAAUACGUCACACGUUCCAUUAGCUAACUACCUAGGUAUCACAAAUUGUUCUACCUCUCAUUUUGAUAAACCAGUCAAUCAUAUGUAUAAGAUGAAUGAAUUUCAUCGUUCUUUCCCGAUCAUUUGCUUAUCUUUCCUUUGCCAAUUGCAGCUCACAAUAUUACAACAACGAACUAUCAGUUUGAAGCCCUUGUGAUAACUACCAGGAUUCUACGUCAAAAAUCUAACGCACCUCUCCAUUUAUACAGCAGAGCAUCAUUACACUACCUAGUAUGCCUCUUUUAAACAAAUUACUCCAUAAGGACGAUCAAGGAAAAUCACUCGAACGAGACAUUCCUUCGGUUCAAAUUGAACAAUCUUUGUCGCCGUCACCAUUUGGCCCUCUUGCCGAAGCGGGUGAAGCACCGCCAGGUUACAAGGCUGCAAGUGCGACUGAUGGCGCCACUGAAGGAGAUCUGAGUGCGCCCUUUUCCAACCUCAAAAUUUCACAAUCAAGUAUUCCAGCUUUCCCAGAUCAGGAUGCAUGCCUUGUACAUCUCAAAUUGUUGAAAACUUUUCAUGACCUCAAAGAAGAUGUCGGGUAUACUGAUGGGAUAUUCGGUCUAUGGGACGCACGAUGCGCACUCCCAAUUGUUGAGGAUCGCAAUAAAGCAUUAGUUGUAAUGCGAGAGAAAAGAUGGGCUUUAUACAUUGCGAGAGCGGUGGAGAGAUUUGAAGAUUGGUGGUUGAAAGUGUUAUGUGAGCAAGAAAACGCGAGUAGAUUGCGAGAGAGUGAUAUGAAGAUCAACUCGAAUUUUAUGGAUUUCCCGAAGAAUGGUGUAGCUAAAAGUUGGAGCACUUCACUUUUACCCCCUAAAGGUAGGCUGUUAGAUUUCGUACUGUUCAUACAGCGAAAGAGUUCUGACAUCAAAACAAGAUGUGCUUAUGGUAUGGCACUCGUUGAUGCUCAAUCCUCGAAAUUACCUGGAAGAUUGUAUUCGUUUUGGGUUGAAAGAUCUCUGGGCAACCGGUAUGCCAUGGCACGCCGUCAAUGCAGCCAUUGAUACGAGCUUCAAUUAUCAAGUAUCAGAAGCAGCCAAAGAGAGAUUCACAAAUGCCACGGGACAUCAUUGGAGCAAUGCCAAGGAUCAUUUAGCGAAAACACUAAAUUGCCCCCGAUGUACUCACACAUUGAAGGUUCCAUGGACCACAUGCGCUACGAAUGAGAAGCCAUCAUUGAAAGAGUAUGGUUUCUAUUUUGAUUUCUCUGAUAUUGUUGCUAACAUUAACAGAAUCAUGGAAAUGAACGGUGCCGGCUAUGGCGAUCAAGGUUUAUCUUACAUUUGUCAUAAAUGCGGUGGUGAAAUCAAUCAUGAUCUUUUACGAGUCGCCAAAUUCAGGAGAGAAGUUGAAAAUCUAAUUAUGAGAGGGUAUCCUCUGGGAGGCACAAUUCUAUCACCAACUACUGGCAUGCCAGCAGCUGUGGAGACGAGAAACUCUCAAGGGCACGAAAACACUUUCCCGAAUCGUAUGAUCACUGUCGAGCUCAAGGUAAAAAUUCUGGAUCUCAUUGAUAAAGACCCCAACUCGAAACCUGCUAUGACGGAUGUCAGAGAUCUUAUCGAGGCAACCAUCAAAGAUAGAUCAGCCAUUAGGAGAAUCAACAGCAGAACGGGCAUUGUGCUGAGGGCAGAGCGCAUCGCGGUCCGAAAAAUGAUGUCGAGAUAUUGGGAAAAUUCUUCAAUCUUCGCGCUUGAACUCGGAGGAGCCGUAAUUCGUCAGAGUGUCUUUGUCGAUAAAAUGGCCAAUCUUGACUGGCUUCAUUCUCCGGCUGCUCGGGAGACAAUGACUCGAUUACUCACCAAGUAUAGGAGGUUCAUUGAUAUCAUGCGUCUUCAUCCAAAAAACGUCUGUGUUCCAACUUUGGAUGUGGACUUGGCAUGGCACACUCAUCAACUAUCACCCAGACAAUACUACGAUUAUACAUUCUCUCGAUGCUUGAAGUUCAUAGAUCACGAUGAUAAAAUGGAAGAAAAUGCUCUUUCUACUGCAUUUGAAUGGACAAGUAAGGCUUACGAGAAACUUUAUAGACAAGUGUACUCCGAAUGCACUUGUUGGUACUGCGAAGGUAAAAUUAUCCGCCCUCUUAUCUGCUGCUUACUGACAUUCUCGAGCAAUUCGCUCCAAACACAUUGAUUCAUCUAACCGCGUCUUUGGAACUUCCAAACACGAGAAAGUCCUAGACUCCUUCUACACAUCUGGAGCAGCAAAAGAAUGUGACCCCAACAACAGUGCCCACAUCAGUGCACACUCUGCCGUUCGCAUCGAAGAAUCUGAAAUCCGUGCUUCAGUUCUUGAUAGUCUCAAGCGGAAGAACAAAUCAGAGAUGGACCGCGCCUAUGACAAGGCUCGCCACAGAGCUCAACGGAAGGGAAGGACCAUUCCCCCUAGAGACGAUUACUAUUACAUGGCUUGGGGCUAUCCAUAUAUGAUGUAUGGACCGUAUAUGAGUCCCAUGUAUGUUGGCGCUCCUGUCUACUAUGCGGGCGAUCCAUGUGUGAUGCCUGUUGGAGUUGGUAUGGCUGGGGUUUGUGCUGCUGGGUCAUGUGGGGCAGCGGCUGGCGGCUGUGGGGGUGUUGGAGGGUGUGGCGGAAAUUUUGCGGGUGGUGCAGCAGGUGUUGGGGGCAAUUGUGGCGGAGGCGGAGGAGGAGGUGGUGGUGGUUGUGGCGGAGGCGGAGGAGGAGGUGGUGGUGGUUGUGGCGGAGGCGGCGGCGGCGGCGGAGGAGGUGGGGUGGGGGUGGUGGAUGUUGACGAAUUAGCUUUCCAGCGAGAAAUCAAGAGACGAGAGGUGCGAUGAGAUACACUUAAGAUAUCACAAUAAUCUAACUUUGAGAUAUAGAUUAUUAUUAUAUUAUUAUAAUUUUAAAAUUGUUACUUUAGUUCUUUUUUAUUUUUUAUUCUUUUUCUUUUUUGAGAUAAUAUAUUAUUAAAAUAUAA